GGCAGCAUUUUGAUAGGUCCUUGGAAUGCCAAAUUGUAGGUUAGGGUUUUUUAUAGGUUAUGAAAUUAUAUACAAAAAAUAGGUAGUUCACCACGCAUUUAUUCCUCAAAAGUAAUACUAAGUUUAUUUUUAUAUACAAAACUCAUAUUAAUAAACAUGCCUGAUAACAAUAUUAGAACUAUUUUACUUUUAACACUAUUUUUAUUGUGUAUAAAAUGUAUAAAUACAUGGAGCUACAAUCCCCUGUGUUUGGUAACGGAAUGUUGUAACAAUGAUUAUAUUAUAGAUGAUGUUAAUAGUUUGCGAUCAACCCUCAGGUCAAGAGUAUUUGGUCAACAUUUAGUUGAAACUGCAGUUCAUGCUAUAUGGAGUCAUCUACAUUAUCAUUCUCAGAAACCCUUAACAUUAAGUUUUCAUGGUUGGGCAGGAGGUGGUAAAAAUUAUGUAGCAACAUUUAUAGCUGAAAGUCUUUAUAAGAAGGGUUUACAAAGUAAAUAUGUACACAAUUUUAUUGGGAGGAUACAUUUUCCAGAAGUAGCACAUUCAAGACAAUAUAGAGAGAAUUUAUAUCUUUGGUUAAAAGGAAACCUAACGGAGUGUCCUAGACAACUGUUCAUUUUCGAUGAAGUGCAUCUGAUGCCACAAACAGUACUAAAUGCCCUCAAACCUUUGAUUGACUAUAGGGCCAUGGUGGAUAAAGUACCCUACACUGAAGCCAUAUUCAUUUUUUUAUCAAAUACUGGAGCUACAGUCAUUAAUGAACGUUAUCAUGAAUUAUGGUCUGCCGGAAAACAAAGGGAAGAAAUGAAACUUUCUGAUUUUGAAUCAUUGAUUUCUAGAGGGGCAUUUAAUGAGAAAGGUGGAUUUCAAUUUUCGGAUGCGAUAAAAGCCAACUUAAUAGAUCAUUACAUACCUUUCUUACCUAUGCAAGAAAACCAUAUAAUACAAUGUAUUAAAGAUCAAUUUACACAAAGAGGUGUGCCAUCACCAAAACAAGAACAUAUUAAGGAAGUCUUGGAGUUUGUCGAAUGGGGCCCAGAUGACAUUAAAUUAUAUUCAAAAACAGGAUGCAAGAGAAUUAGUUCUAAAGUUGCAGUGAUAGUAGCAAAACACUAUCCAAUGAGGCAAAAGAGGGAACUGUAGUUACCUGUUUCUAAGAAGAUACUAAUGAAAAUAAACUGUUAAAACAAAGUGCACAAUUGUAGGAUUUUAUGGUUUGACAUACAAAUUAUUUUUUUAACAUUCUAAUAGGAUAUACAACCAUGCAAGAACUAUUGUAAUUGCAGUUUUUUAAAAAAAUAUGACAUAUGAUAUGAGCCAAGAGCUAAACACAGUUUUCCUAUUUUUUUAUAUUUUUUUACAAGCGUAUAGAGGGUAUAUAAAAAAUUAGGAAGAUUUUAUGCUACAAUGAACUACACUAUUGUUAAAUUAUAUUGUAACAAAGAUAAUUUCUAAUUGUUUAAUAUCCUAAUUAAAAAAUGUUAUUUCAUAUAAAUAUAUUUUGAAGAUAUUGUGAUAUCCAAAUAACAAUUCCAUGUCAUCACCCUUAUAAAAUAGGAACAAAUGAAACUCUUUAAUAGUUAAAUUUUGAGCUAAUAGUUUUUAAGUUUUAAAAUAAAAACUGCUUUAUUGUAUUGUAAAUGAAAACAAAAUUCCACAUUAAAAUUUAUUAUAAUAACGAUGAACUAUUGCCAAAAAGUAAGAAACCUCCCCUAAUAUUGGCCAAAAUUGUUAAAAUUCGACAUAAUAUAUGAAUUAUUUCAUUAUAUAAUACUCAAAUUUCAUUCACAUGUUACUUGUAGGUCGUUUAACAAGGGCUUGAUUCAAACCCUUGUCAAACCACCUCCAGGUACAUGUAAAUAUUAAAAAAUAUAUAUAUCACUGAAAUGAAAAAUGGCAUAUUAACAAUAAAAAAUAGGAGUGCUAUUUGAAAAAUUAAUAUUAGGGGUUGUUUGACAAGGGAUUGAUUUUCAUCUCAUAAACACCUUUUUUUAUUUUUAUCUUAGUCAAUAACUCUGAUAUUAUAUGGCCAUAAACCUAUGGGUCAUUCAGUAUAUUGAAAAACUAUUGAUUAAAUAAUAUCUAAACAUAGGCGGGACUAUCUGAAUAAACUAAAUUCUAAUAAUAAAGUAGAUGUUGGUGACAUUUUAGCUAUUUAACUUAUUUGGUAAUGGCAUAAUUUUUCCCAGAGGUAGGUGCAUUUUUGGGUCCAAUUUUAAUUAUGUAUUUAUAUUAUUAAUUUAUUAGGAAAUUUGACAAAUUAUUCAGAAUUAUAUAUAUUUUUAAUCACUUAAAAUUUUAGAAAUAAAACUGGUGCUCUCCUAAGUAAUCUAGUCCUUAAAAAAGUAAUUUAAUUUCCAUCGUCAGAUUUUCUAAACCCAUUAUCUAAUGACUAAUAAAAAUAGUGUUGUUCACAAAUACGCAGCUUUAAGGUAUAUUAUUUAAUUAUUCUGUGAUAUCCCUAAAUUGGCUGAAGAACAACACUAUGAUCAAUUUACAUUUUAUUAUUAAGCUGUAAAGUUUUUGUUUUUAAUAUUUAUGUCAAAGAAUAAAAUGUUUAU